CGGCGACAUAGAGCUCGAGUCUGCUAAAAAACAACAACAUUUCAGCCUCUUUUCCUCCUGGCCAAAAAUGCCUGAGCACGUUUGAGUGACCAUGGAGCGCGUUUGCCGUCAUGUAGUGAAACGUUGACACACGGAGGAUUUAUUUCGGAGGAAUGAAAGUUUAAAGAGCACUGAAGGAGGACAACAUGGCUGUGCAGGAGGACGGAGAGGUUUUGCACAGUAAAAUCAGACAGCACGAUGGUGUUGUUGGCAAUGCAAACAGCGCGGAGAGCUUCAGGAACGGCUAUGUGAAGAGCUGCGUCACUCCGUUAAAACAAGACCAUCCGAGGGGCUUUUUAUUCAACGUCUGCAGGUUUUGUAAUGAGGAUAUUCUCAAGUCCAAACUAUUCCGCGGCUCGGCUCUCUACGUGGGAGCGCUGGCAGUUCUGGCGCUCUCCUGUUUAAUUUCUAGGAGCUUUCAGAGUGAACACGGCGUCUCGGAGCUGCGGACUUUCCUCUUUGAUUUCUCACAGUCCAUCAGUCCUUUAUUCAGCAUUGGCUGUGCGUAUUUCUUUCUGACCCUCUACCUGAGGCGGACGAAGAGGGAAAGCAGCAGAUGUUGGCUUUUGUCCUUACCAGCAUCAUGCUACUUGGGGGAUUUGGUAGUCUUGCGCUUGUUGCAGUGGGGAGAGGAGCACCAUCAGAUGCAAAUGAUGGGCAGGUUGCUGUUUGUGCUGGGCUGCGUGGGUCUGCUCACUCUCAUCCCCACUCUCAAACUCAAGCACAGCGUCCUGAUCCUGGUCUUCGCCAGCCUGGUGUGGCUGCUGUCCUUCACCAGCCUCGGCUGCCUGUCUCCGUCCCUCAGGCCGGUGCUGGCGUGUGUGGCGGGGGUCUCCGGCUCUCUGCUGGCGCUCUGUUUUGAUCACUAUUACCCAGCGAGGGAGGCGGCCGGCAGGGUUCCUAACGCGGAGGAGAAAGUUCCCGUCAUCAGACCCAGGAGAAGGUCCAGCUGUGUUUCUCUGGGAGAGACGUCCAGCAGCUAUUAUGGCAGUUGUAAGAUGCCCCGCAGACCUUCUCUGCCAUGUAUAUCGAGAGAACAGAUGAUCCUGUGGGACUGGGACCUGAAACAAUGGUACAAGCCUCAAUAUCAGGGUGCAGUGAGUGGAAAUGGCGUGGAUCUGUCUGUGAUAAACGAGGCCAGGAACCUGGUCUCAGACCUGCUGAUGGACCAGUCUCUCUCACCCCACGUCCUCUCCUCACUGCGCAGCGUCAGCAGCCUAAUGGGAGCUUUCUCUGGGUCCUGCCGGCCACGGGUAAACCCCUUCACACCCUUCCCCGGCUUCUACCCCUGUGCUGAGAUAGAAGACCCCUCAGAGAGAGGAGAGAGAAAGCCACUGAAGGGUCUAAGCAGCAGGAACAGUCUCCCUACCCCUCAGCUAAGGCGCAGUUCAGCCUCGUCUUCUCUGCCCCCACUGGAGUCUGCCUCCUCACGCUGGGAACGCACCAAUGGAAAGAGAUCUCACUCUGAGCUCAGCAGCCAGAGUUGUUUUUCUAAUGGGCCCAACAGCAACUUGCUGACUAUUCCUAAACAGAGAUCGUCCUCUGUCACCCUCUCCUAUGGCCACACUGUACCCAGAAGACCAGGAAAACAAAAUGGCUACCUGUACAGUGCUUCUCCCAGCCUGAGUCCCGUCAGUUCCCCGACCCACAGUCCCCCUGCUGCUCCCGGCUCAUCUCUGGUCACACGCUCUCCUGUGGAGUUCCCAGACACUGCUGAUUUCCUCACCAAGCCCAGUGUCAACCUGCACAAACCGCUGGGCUACACGCUGAGCUCACCUGAUUUCCAGCAACAGUAUCGAGGUCCUGUCUCGGCCCCCUUGUGCACCAGUUGUGGCCGACAGAUGCUGAAAGGUGCGGCCGGUGUGGAGGUGGGUGAGUGUCAUCACCCAGCAGCCAAUGAGAUGCAAAGAACACGCUCGGCUGAAGGAGUAGAGUAUGGUGGGGAAAACCUGAUCCGAGAGGAGAGCUUGGAGGCUGAGUCUCAGGAGGAGAGGGCUCCAGACACAGUGGGGGAAAAGCUAAAUAGCCAGCCCGAGGAAGAGGAACAGACCUCCAGUACAGAGCAGUCCUCAUUGGAUCCUGAGGGAGACGAGGAGUUCAGGUUGGACUCAAUGCUGGUGGAGCAUGAAGCACUCAUGGAAAAGAUCAACACCUGGAACUUCCAGAUCUUUGAGCUGAUGGACAUUACGGGAGGGAAGACUGGCAGGAUUCUCAGCUAUGUGGCGUACACUUUGUUCCAGGACACGGGUCUGUUCGAAAUCUUCAAAAUCCCUGUGCGGGAAUUCAUGACGUACUUUUGCGCUCUGGAGAACGGCUAUCGUGAUAUCCCCUAUCACAACCGUGUCCAUGCCACAGACGUCCUUCACGCAGUGUGGUAUCUUACCACCCAACCAAUCCCAGGCUUUCAGCAGAUCCAUAAUGAGCAUGUCACAGGAAGUGAUACAGAUUCGGACAGUGGAAUCUCCCCAGGUAGGGUGGCAUAUGCCACGUCCAAAAGCUCCUCGUUUUCAGAUGACAGUUACGGCUGUCUGGCCUGGAAUGUCCCUGCGCUGGAACUCAUGGCACUAUAUGUAGCAGCUGCUAUGCAUGACUAUGAUCACCCUGGUCGCACAAAUGCCUUUCUUGUAGCCACUAACGCUCCUCAGGCGGUGUUGUAUAAUGACCGUUCAGUUUUGGAGAACCACCAUGCAGCUUCUGCCUGGAGCCUUUUUCUUUCCCGGCCUGAGUUCAACUUCCUGUGCAGCUUGGACCACGUCGAGUUUAAGCGCUUUCGAUUCCUAGUGAUCGAGGCCAUCCUCGCUACAGACCUGAAGAAGCACUUUGACUUCCUGGCAGAGUUUAAUUCUAAGGUUAAUGAUGUGAAUAGCCCAGGUAUUGACUGGACUAAUGAAAAUGACAGGUUGUUAGUGUGCCAAGUGUGCAUUAAGCUGGCAGAUAUCAAUGGGCCAGCCAAAGACCGCAGCCUUCACCUCAAAUGGACAGAGGGUAUCGUCAAUGAGUUUUAUGAGCAGGGUGACGAGGAAGCCACUCUAGGAUUACCCAUCAGUCCAUUCAUGGACCGCUCGGCACCACAGUUAGCAAAGCUGCAGGAGUCUUUUAUCACGCAUAUCGUCGGGCCUCUUUGUAACUCCUAUGAUGCUGCAGGGCUGCUGCCAGGAUACUGGAUUGACGAGGAAGGCUCAGACGAUGAAGAGGAAACCGAAGACAUUGAAACGGAAGAUGAAGAGCUGGACGAGGAUCUUGAACCAAAGAGGAGGAAGGGUCGACGUCGGUUGUUCUGCAACAUCAUGCAGCACUUAACAGAGAACCACAAGGUGUGGAAGAAGACCAUCGAAGAAGAGGAGAAGGCCAAAGAGCUGGAGACUCAGCAGCAACAGCAGCAGCAAUCCGAGAGCCCCAGCCUUCCUCCAUCCACCUCUUCCUCCGAUGACAUUCAGGUGAUUCAAGAGGAGGCCGAAGAUGAGGAACGGCAGUAGCAAAGAGGAGCAAAUGAAGCUCACUGAGGGGCUUAAACGGAGGCGAACGACCCCUCCCUCUCCUUCACCUACACAAACACACACAUUGACACCCAGAGGAAGACCCUAGCGGAUCUCCCCGUGCUGAAAUUCGUCACUGUGCCGACACUCUGAAGCUAAUGCAGUUCACAUUGUGUUGAAAAAAGGCCUUACUACUGUGAGAGGACCCUUUGGUGGGAACCCCACUCCUAUGCACUUUCACCCCAUGGAGAAUCAGCGGAGAACGAUCAGAGCUCUGAAGACGCAGAAUCGUGUUGUGAGAUUAGAAGAAAACGGAGAGGAAAACAGGCAGGGGAGAAUUGUGCCAUCCAUGGUUACCUGGCUGUGAUGCUGCCUUCAACGUAGAGCUCUUAUCUCUCCCGUAGGUACUUAAGUCAAAUAGGACACGAAAAAGACUCUGGGGAAAAAAAGAGACAAUGACAUAAUUGACACCCGUUACCAAAGCGAACAGUUCAAAAACAGAAAGACUAUAACUGAUGCCUUUUCAGGCUCAGUGUCAGGAAGCAUAACUCAAAAUGUGCCUGUCUGAACUUUUUAAUAAAAAAAAAAAAAAGUAUGUAUAUAUAUAUAUAUAUAUAUAUAUAUAUAUAUAUAUAUAUAUAUAUAUAUAUAUAUAUAUAUAUAUAUAUAUAUGGUUUGGUUUGUUUUUAUUUUUCUUGUGGUCCAGAAAAUGGGCUAUGUACGCUGCACUGUAUGUGCAGUCCCCAAUUCAUGCUGGCGACAUAAAACACUGUAUUACUGAACAGAGUCACUAGGACAAGUGGAAAUGCUGACAUUUUUGACUGAAAAAUGACCUGACUUCUGCAUCGUUUUGGAUGCUUUUUAUUCACGUCGAUCACUUUUCUGCAUUUUUUUUGUUUUGUUUGUUUGUUUGUCUUUGUUGUCUGUAAGGUAGUUUUCAUUCUUUCAUUUCAUUUGUUGUGUGUUUUUCCCCCCUUUCCUCUUCAGGAACGCUGAGUUGCCAAUCGUUGAAUCUUCUCUGUAAAGUCCGUCUGUGUUUAAAAGCAUAGCAAAUGGGACAGGAAUGCUGUUCAAAUGAAGGGACGUUUCUCCUUUUUUACGUUUAAAUAGAUAUAUUUUUUCACGGUUACUCAGGAUUCAUGUGAAGGAUCGAUCCUUGUUUUUUGCGAAAAUUUAAUUCUGCAAUUUCAACUUGCACGUCGAGCAUUCUUUUCAGGGGCGGGACAGAAAAAAUUUCUAUUUUUUGUAUGAAUAACUUGAAAGUCGUUAACAAAACGAGAUGCUCCCUCGAAGUGCUGUGUCCUGGAUGUUAACCCCCCAUCCUUAUCAGCUGCUCCAGACCAACUUAUCCAUGUUUAUUAUUUCCAAAGACCCCCUGAUAAGAAUUGGAACCUAGGAAUGUUACUGAAAAUAAAAUGUUUGAGUUAGCAUGCAAAUCAUAGACUAAACAUUGCUUUGGGGUUACUUCGGGUUUGGCAUUAUUUGAACAUAGGGACACACACAUGCUUGUACUUACUCUAAUUAUUGCCAAAUGCAUAAUCUGGCCAGUUCGUCCAUUUUCAAGUAAUCCAGGGUUUCACAUUGAAAGCUGUACUUUUUUUUUUUUUUUUUUUUUGGAAUUUUCUUAUUCUUCACCAUAAGGCAGGUUUAAUACUAAUAGUUCUCUAUAUUUUUUGUCUGAAGCAAGAACUCUAGGCAUUCCACUAGAAUAAUGAGGGGAGGACAGGGAGGUGGAGACUAACAGGCUCUGGGUCUCUUUCUCUCUCGGUCUGCCUCACCUCAACAAAACUCAUUUUGUCUCUGUAGAGGAAAGUUCUCAAGUAGGCAGUGUAAAUCAAGCUAGUAUAUUUAAGAGUAAAAAAAAAAAAAAAAGAUAUAAAUGUGCACAUUUUACUACCAAACAAGUGUUUAACCUCUGCACAGAAAGAAUACUUGCAUAUAUAAUAUAUAUAUAUAUAUUAUAUUAUAUUAUAUAUUUUUUAAUUAAUCAACAAUGCGUCUGUUUUCUACAUACAGCUGACAUAUAUUGUACAUUGAGACCAUGUAAUUAUCAUCUUGUUUCAGGAGUUUUUAAAAAAUCUAAUGCUAUUUACAGAUGUGGAUGUGUUUGAGUGUUGUGUUUUUCAGUUUGUUAGUUGUUCAUUUUGGGUGCACUGUCUUUUGUUCCUGCCCAUAACCACUCUUUGCUGAACGGCCCUUAUUUCCAAAGCUCGCUGAGCUUGUAGCGGCGAUGCCGGAUGCCUAACUGUCUCUGUCUCCCUUUGUGGGUUUGUUCAUUAGUCACUCGUUUUUUGGCCUGUGCUCAGGGUGUGUUCUGUGUUGGGUGCUUGUGCGCACCCAAAGCAGCUUGUGGUGCUUCUUUCUAUCUCUCUCUCUCUCUCUCACUCUCUCUCUCUCUCUCUCUCUCUGUCCAGACUGUGUGUUCAUAAUUUCUUAGAUCUGGGACUGCAGUGUGGCUCAGUUCAUACACCCCACCCCCCCACACGCACUCUGAACGAACGUCAUUCAGGUUGCCAAGCAGGGUGAUGGCAAAUCAGAGCGUCACAGCGCCCUCAUCCCCUCGUGUUGACCACUUGCUCGACCGUCAAAACGGACUAUGGUAUCUCGCUGUGGGGCAUUUGUCGCACCACAGUAACCUCCGACGUUCCUGUCAUCAGUACCUUUUAUGAUGGCAUUUACUUUUUUAUGUAGCAUUUAGAUAGCAAUGUCCGAUGUAACCAUUCAGCCUUUUCAGGGUUGUGGGGGAGAAUUGACUUUUUUGUUAUUAUUUAUAGCUGUCAUAAAAGCACCAUCCCUGAACAAUAGUUCUACUCUCUCAA